CUACUCCAAGUUUGCAAUUAAGGUGACAGUUACAUUCUACAAACCUGAAACAUGUCUUCUUCCACUACUUGCUGAUCCUGUCUUUUUCUUUUCUUCACCGUUUCAGAUUUAACCCUUCUCUCACCAAACCCACCUUCCAUCUUCUCCACUACACAACCUUUGUCCAUAAAUUUCGAAAUUUGUCUCUCUGGGUUCUAGAGAGAGAAAAAAUGUCUGGUAGAGAUCUUGAGAGAGAAGGGGCAAACAAGAACUAUUCUUCUUCUAUUCCUCCUCCUCCUUCACGUGUUUAUGAUCCAGAAACUAGUUGGACAUCAUGGCUUGUUCCUUUGUUUGUUGUGGCGAAUCUUGUUAUUUUCAUUCUAGCCAUGUAUAUUAAUGAUUGUCCAGGUAAAGUUCAUGCGGUUGAAGGUGAUUGUGUGUUCAAAUUUCUUGGGAGAUUCUCUUUUCAGCCGACCAAAGAGAAUCCUUUGUUUGGUCCUUCUUCUUUAACACUAACGAAGAUGGGAGCUCUUAAGUGGGAUGCUGUUGUGUAUCAUCACCAAGGAUGGAGACUUGUCACAUGCAUAUGGUUACAUGCUGGAAUGAUUCAUUUGGCAGCAAACAUGUUAAGUCUGGUUUUCAUUGGCAUUCGCCUUGAACAACAAUUUGGUUUCGUGAGGAUAGGAAUCAUUUACCUUGUAUCUGGAUUCGGUGGGAGUAUCCUAUCUUCUCUAUUCAUUAGAAACAACAUCUCGGUUGGUGCUUCUGGCGCUCUUUUUGGACUUCUUGGAGCAAUGCUUUCAGAACUUAUCACAAACUGGAGUAUUUACACCAAUAAAGUAGCUGCUUUGGUCACACUUUUGUUUAUUGUUGUGAUCAAUCUUGCGAUUGGAAUGUUGCCACAUGUUGACAAUUUUGCUCAUAUUGGGGGAUUCUUGACAGGAUUUCUCCUUGGUUUCAUUUUCCUUCCCCGUCCUCAAUUUGGGUGGUUAGCACAGCGACAUGUUCCUGCUGGUGCUCGACUCAAAUCCAAAUACAAGGUUUACCAAUAUGUCCUAUGGAUUCUCUCUGUUAUUCUAGUGAUUGCCGGGUUAUGCACUGGCUUACUGAUGCUGUUACGCGGCGAAAACGGAUACGAUCACUGCCAUUGGUGUCACUACCUAACAUGUGUUCCAACUUCAAAAUGGAAAUGCAGUGACAGUUAAACUAUUCUUGUUCUUUUAUGUAUAGCUAUGACUUUUACAGAUUGUUCUUUUUUUGGUUAAUUCGUUAUAAGAAUCAGCUAUUAGUUUGUGUUUGGAUUUAUGUGGGUGUAUGUAUACACAGAUAUAUAAAGGAAUUUAUUUGUACAUGAAGUUUCUAUUUCAAUAAUAUAUUCUACCUGAGUUUCUUGUUGCACAA